AAAGGACAAUGAGAAAUGCUACUGUCUUGCUGCUGUUGCUGGUGGUGUGCUGAUUGCUAGCUCUCUUUAAUUUACUUCAAUUUCUACAUUUACCCCUGUUUUCUUCCUCUUUCACCCUUCAUACUUACUAAUCCACCUUUAGCCUGCCUCCACUUUGCUCUACCCACCUAUUAAUCCACUCUUAGCUCACUUUUACAGACUUCUUCCACAGGUUUGCUGGAUUAGCUGUUUGCUGCUGCUGUUUGGUUUGUGUUAGUUUCUAAUUUCAACCGAAACAAGGUGAGUGCUUUUUUGUCAUGGCUACUGCUGGGUUUUUCUCUUGUUCAGAGUGUGGCAUGUUUAGUUUAGACCCCUUCUCCACCGAUAGUCAUAAUGAUAGUGGUGUUUGUUCAAAGUGCAAGCUAGUUAACUGCCUGGUAGAGAAGGUGGACAAGUUAGAGCUGCGUAUCCGGGGUUUAAUAAGGGAUAGACAGCAAGGGUCACUGUUAGCAGCCCCGGGUACACCAGGGAGAGCUAGUACCCCCUCGACUCCGGCCUUAGAGCCCCCACAGCAGGGCGAAUGGGUAACGUCUCGGCGGCAUAGUCGAAAGGCUAAGGCUAAUGCUACUGCAAAGGCCACAGCCAGCCCACCUGUACACCAUGCUCCCCCAGUUCACGUGUCAAACAGGUUUGCCCCGCUCAGUGAAGCACCCGCUGAGGAGCCUGUUAAAGGUACUCUGGUGAUAGGAGAUUCUAUCGUCCGGCACGUGAAAUUAGCUACUCCUUUAGGGGCACCAGCGGCUAGAGUUAUCUGCUUACCGGGAGCCAGAGCACCGGACAUUAGUGGCAACCUUAGGCUGUUAGCAAAUAGGAGAUAUUCGAGGGUAGUUAUUCAUGUAGGGGCCAAUGAUAUUCGUCUGCGGCAGUCUGAAGUAACUAAGGCUAAUAUUAAAGAGGUGGUUAAACAGGCCCAGACGCUGUCCGAAGAGGUAAUCUGUUCUGGCCCCAUCCCAAUGAGGCGUGGCGAUGAAGCUUACAGCAGGCUUUCUUCGCUGAACCGCUGGAUGUCCAAGUGGUGUACGGACAAUCAUGUGGGCUUUAUAGACAACUGGCUAAUGUUUGAGGGCAAGCCUGGUCUUUUAGGUAGGGAUGGUGUCCACCCCACGCGGGAUGGUGCUGCCUUACUUUCGUGCAGCAUAAGCUGCAUUUGUGGCUGGAAAAAGGUUACAACCUCCAAAGGUUUGAAAAUCCACCAGUGUCGGCAGAAGUGCCUGAAGGAACCUAGCGAGGGGCCUCGCAUUGACCAAUACUUCCUUAGGAGUGGGGAAAAUAAGUCGAGUGAAACCCAGUGGCAGGAUAAGCACCACAGUCCACAGGGUACCAAAACCCCAACCGAAGCACCCUCAUGCACUAAGAUGCCAUCUGUUCCGAGCCCAAAACCCUUCCAGCCACAACCAGCAGUGGAGCGAAAGAUGGAGGGAAGCAAGCCUCAAAUCCAGUGGCCGAAGUCCUGCCAGAAAAAGGAAUGGGAAACGAUUGACAGUGACCUUGUUUGCCUUCUCAGUAGCCUUAAAGGGGAUGUGGAGAGACGACUUGAGAGGAUGGGGGAGUUGAUCUACAGCUAUGGAAGAUAA